GAGAGAGAGAGAGAGAGAGAGAGAGAGAGAGAGAGAGAGGCAUACUGCGCUCGUCUGCUGUUUGUGUAGUUGUGUUGUAGACGUCAACAGUUUGUGGGGGUUCAUUUAAGUUACGAAAUAAUUUUUUCUUCGUGUUUUUUUUAUAAAUAUUUUUUUCAUUUUUUUAUUUUUAGAAUAGUUUUUCCAGCACAAGUUUGGUUUAACUUUAACAGUGAGAAAUCAAGGAGGCUGGUAGAAACUUUUGAAGACGUUAUCAUUCAGUCAAAGACUUUGGGCGUCUCUAUUCCGAGUGAAACAUUUCCUGUACUGCCCCCCUCACUUCUUUGGCGGCCCAAGUAUUUCUGAGAGCUGCAGACUCCAAGACAAAAUACAAGCGUCGACAAUUCUCGGGUGACAGUAAGACCACGUGACGACACUAAACAAGAUGGGGGGAGAAACCUACAAAGAGUUUGACAGCGCGUCCAUCAUCACCAACACCACAGAGGGGACGGUGACCAUCAGGAACCACACCUUCAGAGGCCACAGCUGCCGCCCAGAUGACCAGCACGGGUUGCGACUCCGGCACCUGUCUGACUCCCGCCUGUCUCAGGGCCUCGCUCUACCACAAGCAGACGAUGAACGAGGCGGUGGACCCGUGCCAGAACUUCUACGCCUUCGCCUGUGGGGGCUACGCCGAGGCCAAUCCACAGGACGAGUUACUGGACGACGUGACACCGAGCCACCAGGUGCUGAUGGAGAACACAGAGAGACUUGUGUACCUCCUGGAGUCAGAGCCAGACAGACAGCUCACGCACGCCUAUGAGAAGAAGCUCCGGGACUUCAUGUACUCAUGUAGCAACCAUUUUGACAAGAUGGACCUCCGUGGCUACCCUUUCAUACAUCACGUGGUGAGUCAGACGGACGGGUGGUACCUGUUUGACCAGUGGAACGCCAGCACGUUUGACCUGGAAGCUUCCCUGAAAACUGUGCACAUUGAUCUCUGGACCAGCGCCUUCUUCACUGUCAGUUUGAACGUGGAUGAGGUGGAUUGGAACAAGCGCGUGGUGGAGAUUGAUGCUGGAGGUACGGGCAUGGACUUCUACUUUUUCCUCCCAGAUUUUGCCCCGUACCAAGAUGUUUACAAGGAGUACAUACGGCACGUGGCUCUCCUCAUCUCACACGAUUUCGGACUGGCCAACAAUGUGGACAGAGCUGACCAGUUUACUGCGGACGUCUUCGAGGUGGAGCAGACCAUGGCCGCGGUAACCUGUAUCGCCUGGACGGAAGCAACUAUGGGUCGUGGUGGAGCAAUACAACCACGGAAAAGUAUGAGGAGACCAAACAGUGUGCCAUAGAAACACAGAAAGGGCAGAAACUUGGGCCGUUCAAGUCUAUUUUUAGCCCGGAGCCAUAUACGCCCAAUGCUACGCUGUUCCGUCCUUACUUUGCGACAACACUACUGGCAGAAUCGGCAGCUCUCCGGCUCUCCUUAAAGACGUACAAGAAGAACAAGGCUGGGGAAGCUCUGCCAGUUGGGAUCAGGGGCAUGACUGCAGACAAGAUGUUUUUCCUGGCUUAUGCGCAGACGAAGUGCCAGAACACACCAGAAUACCUGAAGGCAGUACAGCUUGAAGUGAAUGGGGUGUUCCCCAAGGAAUACAGAAUUAACCAGGUGGUUAGCCAAGUUCCGGAGUUCGCCCAAGCCUUCAACUGCCCCGCCUCCUCGCCCUUAGUCAAGGAAAAGCGAUGCAUGUUGUUUCCCUGAACACAACAACACAGCUUGAGAAGGAAGACAUAACACUCUAUAAAAUGUCGUAUUGUUUCAUACAUUAGCAUUCCAUUGAGGACAGGGAAGCGAAAUGUCGUAUUGUUUUAAAAAAACCCAUUCCAUUAAGGAUAGGGAAGCGAAAUGUCGUAUUGUUUGACAUUGUUUGACACAGUAACAUUCCAUUAAAGGACAGGGAAGCGAAAUGUCGUAUUAUUUGACAUUGUUUGAUACAUUAACAUUCCAUUAAGAACAGGGAAGCGAAAUGUCGUAUUGUUUGACAUUGUAUGACACACAUUUCAUGUCUUUAUCUUCAAUGGUUUGGGGGUUGUUGUUUUUUUAGUUUUUAAAGAACAUUCCACUGAGGAUAGGGAAAGAAAAUGUACAGACUCUGUUCGCUUUACAAGUCAAGGCAGGUACCCACACAGAGACAGUACAUUGAAUUCUGACUAAACAUCUUCAUUAAUCUCUUCAGCUUAGUCAGACUUUGUGUCAUUGGGGAAAGGCACUUUCAACGAUUUUCCCAAAUGAGCUCGGUCUUUCCGGAGAUGUCGUUAAACUCGGAAGUCCCACCUCUUAAAUUAUAAGCUAGUAGUGUUGUUAGGGGCGUUAAACUUUUACAAUUUAUUUCACAAUUUUCUCCUUGCCAUUCGAUGUCAGACUUCCCUGUCCUCACUUUAAUACUCUGUUACCUCAGAAUUACAAAGUUCUAUCUGCUCGGUACUUUUUUGAGAAAUUUGACGCCAAAGAUUUUGAGAUUCACAUCAUGUCAUGAUUUUUCGAAAACAAUUAUUUGAAUAGGUCAAUAACGACUCCGAAAAAUUUUACAAUUUUGAUUGAGCAGAUAAGACAUUAGGUUUCUGACCUCAUGUUCUUAGUAACUCAAAACUGCCAAAAAAGUCAUAUAGAACUUGGCAAUUCCGAGGAAUUGACUCUUGCCGACGGUUAAGAAAUCUCGACAAACGCAACUUCCUACGUACCUUCUCCCCCCCCCUCCCCCCCCCAAAAAAAAGUCAUGAUAACUGACAAUUCAUGUGCAUGAUGUGUGUUUAAAAAAAUUUUAAACAUAAAAAAUAAAACAUAUACCCUAAACCCCCCCCCCCCCCCCCACAAAACCCAGAAAGGAAAAAGUGAGAGUUUAAACAAGCAUGCCAAUAGAAUUGCCUCAGAUUUGACUCACUGAGCAAGUCCUGUAUUUCCAUAUAAUAUAUUAUAUAUUAUCGUUUAAGGUCUUUUUUAAUCGAAUAUUUUUUUGUCUCAUAAUAUCUUAAAAA